AUGAGUUCUCGUAGAGAGAGGAUAAACACGAGAAGCUUAAGGAGGGCACAACACGUCAACAAUGUCAAUGUGAAUGCGACACCGACCGAGCAAAGCACUGUGCAAACUCCAGUGGUGUCGUCUCAGUUUGUGCCUAGUCCUCCAAUGAUCGAUGUAGAUGCAAUUGAAGAUGACGAUUGCGUUGUUGAAUCCACUGCAACUGCUUUUAAUCGAGCUAAAAGAUACAAAGCAAGAAGCGCACGUAGAGGACCUUUAGUAGUUGAUGUAGAGUCAGGUAUAAGCAAGAACCGCACAAGGCGUCGUUCUGAUAAAGCUAAUCCUGAGCUCAACAACUCGAGAAAGUCCAAGGCGGCAGCUCCUGUAGAGGAACCCAAAUUCAACUGUCCGAUUUGCAUGUGUCCAUUGACUGAGGAGAUGACAACAAAGUGUGGUCAUAUAUUCUGCAACAAAUGCAUAAGGAGCGCAAUAUCUAUUCAACCUAACUGCCCUGCCUGCAGGAAAAAAGUCACUCCUAAAGACCUCAUCCGAGUAUUCCUUCCAACCACCGGAUGA